AAAAAAAAAAAAAAAAAAAGGCCCAUUGCAAUAAGAUAGACCAAAGUCUAACAGCACAAGUCCGCACACUUUUAACGCAAAAGAGUAAACAUGCCGUCACUCCACUUGACGCCGGCGAUCUCCUCCGGCGUAUCCGCCGUCGCUCUACGGCCAGGUUUUCAGCAACGCCUCCCAACUCGCCUCUUUCCCUCGUUUAAUCCACUCCGUUUGGCUCCAAACCCGCUCAUUUCACUUAAGAGGAGAGCAACAAUCUCUUCUUCAUACCAAUCGCUUCCCUACGGUUUCCAAAUCCGAGAAUCUAAACCUAAUUUCACACCAUCUUCCUAUCCAACGUCUCCUGGUUCCGUUUCCAGUGAUAGUGACGUCGACAAGGCAAAGCUCGCUCAGGUGGCCAAGAGAUUGGAGAAGACUUCAAGAUACUUCAAGAGGCUGGGGAGUAUUGGUUUCUGGGGGCAGCUUGUAUCAACUCUUGUGGCGGCUGUGAUUCUAUCUUUCUCUGUUGUUGUAACUGGGAAACCUACUUCACCUGCUACAUUCUAUGCUACAGCAAGUGGGAUCGCUGCUGCUUUUGUCUCCGUCUUCUGGUCCUUUGGGUAUAUUCGUCUCUCUGAGAGGCUUCGUCGAACUGCUGGUGACCCUGCCAAGGCCCCUCCUCGUGCUGAUGUUGUGAAAGGAUUGAGAAGUGGGAUUAUGGUGAAUCUUCUUGGAAUGGGAGCAGCAAUUCUCGGGAUGCAAGCAACGGUUGGGUUUUUAGUUGCAAAGGCUUUAACAACUUCAGCAAGCCCUUUCUACCAAGGAGUCUCUCAAGGAUACAGUCCCGUUCUUGGUCUUGAUGUCUUCCUCGUUCAGGCAUCGGCGAACACCUUACUUUCUCAUUUCCUAGGCCUUGUUUGUUCGUUAGAGCUGUUGCGGUCCGUGACGGAGGCUAACUCGGGAUCUGUCGUAGUUCCCAAAGUUGCAUGAGUUUCUCCCAUGUUUAGACCUACUCACUUCUUGUCUUCAUAAACGUCAAAGGCCGAGACUUGUUUACUUUUAUCAUUGAGAACCAACCGUUGUGGUAAUAACGACAAUUAUUGCUGAAUUACAAAUGUGAUUUAUCGUAUAAAAUAUCUGAAAGGUAGAUAACUCCUUUAAAUAAGUAUAUCCAUAGAGUAACUGAAAGUCGCA